AUGGCGCGACGGAACGGAGUGAGCUCCAGGCGCACUUACCUGGUGCUCGUCGACGCGGCCGUCAGCUGGUGGUGGAUGGCGUCGCAGCCCAAGCACCGCGCACGGCAUCGGGUCCCGGCGGCGGUGGUGGUGCGCAGCAGCAGCAGCGGUGACGAGAAGGCAGAGGUCGAGAGAGCGCGGCGGGUCCACGUGGACGCGUCGCGAGGGCGGCCGCAGCAGGUGUUCCUCGACGGUUGCGUCAGCCCCGUCAGCAGGCGGCGCGCGGCGUGGUGGUGCUGGGCCAUUGCCAUCAUCAUCGCAUGGCGGGUUGGAUUUGUUUUUGGAGAGAAGGCAGGAGGGAAGCGGGCUGAGGUGGAUGAAGACGACGAUGAGGUCAAGCCGGGCUCGUGCGUCGCCGUGAUCGUCGACUCUGCCUGUCGACCCAACCACCACAAGCUUCGCCUUGCAAAACUCAAUUCGCCUGCUAGCACACGUGCGGUCCCGACGCUUCGUCAACCCCUACCACCCCCUACUUGCGCCGCAGGUCCCGUGACUAGCCGAGAUCCUCCGCCUGCGGCUCGGCGCGCGAUGGAAGAAGCAUAA